CUGAACUGGACUACGGGAUUACAAUCCAACCAGAGCUUGAAGACUUUACACCUUCAUGCCUUUAAUCUCACAACUAUAUCCAGAGGACCCUAUCUAGAGAUUAUUACAACAACCGAGGUCAAUAUUCAGUGGUAUUACAUCCCUUUGCAAGUCGGAACUCGAUUGCAUUCAGCCCCUCGUUCAAGAGAAGUGCUUAGCGCGGAGGUUAAAGAGAUGGCACUAGAAGGAUUGUCUCCUGGAGUGAUUGCAACCAUCGUCGUAGUAGCAAUUAUUGCCUUAGUUCUUAUUAUCUUCUACUUCGUUUGUCGCUCUGAUGAUCCUGUACGUGAUCAUACUUGUGUUGCACUGCUGUACCCUCGCACAAGACGAGAGUUCCAGCAACUUAGAGUCCCACUAGACCCUAUUAAUCCUACAGACAUUGGAGUCAACAGUGCUUAUGAACCAGAUAGUGAUGAAAACAAGAAAAGAGAGCAUAAUGUGCAGAUACACACACCUCCGCAACAAACAGAGACAACUGCGGUGAUCUUACAGCACUGUUAAGCCACAUCAAACAAGACGGCCACGGAGGAAGCUGUGCAACUAGAGACUGUGACAGUGGAGCUGAAUACUGCUGCAGAAAGUCAAUAACACAAUAAAUAACGUGCCUAAACAUCUGUUGAUUUUGCUCCACAACCUAUUCGUUAUCUAUCAUUGAACACUAGUAAUUCAGAAGGUGUAAAAAAAAUGAACCCAAAUGUACAAAAAACGUUGAAAGCAUAUUGUACGGCGAUCAUUUAAUCAUUAAUAGACAAUUCAAUAGUUUGAUGACCAGAUGAUUAUCCUAACUGCAACAUAGAAUACAACUAGAGUUAGUGGCUGAGAAUAAUAACAAGAUUGUUUUAAAAUAAGCAUGCAGAAUCGCAAAAAAAAAAAACAAUAAAGUAUUAUUGAUUGUACGGUUGAGUGAGAAUGAGUUAAACUACAAUAUGUAAACAAAACGAGAUUGAAUUAAAUGAAAUAAUAAUAAUAAAUAAUAAAAAAAUACUGACCAUUGGUAAAAAAAAGAUAUAAACAACAGCCCACACCGACUGGUCUAUCUGCAAUAUUUCCUGUCACCAUCACAACCCGUGAAUAACCCCUUUUAGUAGACAG